AUGGGUGCGCAGUCAAAUUUAGAUUUUGGACCAGAUUUUUAUUUUAACACAUACUUUAAAGAUGCUAGUGAUUGGUGUCAACGUCAUAUUGCACCUUAUGUUGAUCAUCAAGCAGCAAUACUCAUUUUCCAAGUACCAGCGCACGUUUACAAUACAUGGAAUAUUUAUGAAUUUGAUUAUAUAACAUCGAAACAAAAUUUAAAUAAUUUAACUGAAUGGCAAUAUUUUGUUCGAGAUUGUCGCAGUGGACAAAUAAAUAAUCGUGCCCGUCAUGCAUAUAACGGAUUCUCAGGCCCACAAUGCGCUAAUCUUACUAAAAUCUUAUUGGAACCUCCACGAAUACGUUACACAAAUGAAACAAAACCAAGAAUGGCUUGGCAAAUCAGUUUACAUUCAUCUAGCAUACAAGCCAGAAUAAUGGAUUAUUUAACAAGUGUAGUAACAUUUACAGAUAUUUAA